AGCACGCAGGUGACGGAAGCUGGGGCGCUGGAGUGCAGGUCCGCCCGGCUGUCGGAGUGCGCGUCCCGCGCGGCAAGCCGCUCCUCGCCGGCUGUCCGCGGCCGUGGCGUGUCUCCCAGAACCCGGGCAGCGCAAGCCGGGUUUGCUUAGAGGCGACGCGGUCCCCCCAGCGCUUGGGCCACCGGCCUCCAAGCCCGCUCCUCGGUGGCUGGAGAACAGCCGGGCUAAGCCGCUGAGAGAAGCAGGCCAGAGCCUUCCGGGGCCUCGGGCCCGGGGACCCGGGGAGGAUGAGCUGGCUCUUUCCCCUGGCCAAGAGUGCCUCCUCCUCCGCAGCUGGGUCCCCCGGUGGCCUCACCAGCCUCCAACAGCAGAAGCAGCGCCUAAUCGAGUCCCUCCGGAACUCACACACCAGUAUAGCUGAAAUACAGAAAGAUGUGGAGUACAGAUUGCCAUUUACCAUAAAUAACCUGACAAUUAACAUGAAUAUACUGCUUCCUCCACAAUUUCCUCAGGAAAAACCAGUGAUCAGUGUUUAUCCACCAAUACGACAUCAUUUAAUGGAUAAACAAGGAAUAUAUGUUACCUCUCCAUUAGUAAACAAUUUUACAAUGCACUCAGAUCUUGGAAAAAUUGUUCAGAGUCUGUUGGAUGAGUUUUGGAAGACUCCUCCAGUUUUAGCUCCUACUUCAGCAGCAUUUCCAUACCUGUACAAUAACCCAGGUGGGAUGCCUCCUUAUGCCACUUCUCAGGGUUUUCCAUUUCUUCCUCCAUUUCCCCCACAAGAAGCUAAUAGGAAUAUCACUUCUUUAUCUGUUGCUGACACUGUUUCUUCUUCAACAACAAGUUUUACCACAACCAAGCCAGCUGCUCCUUCAUUCGGCGUCCUUUCCUGUCUGCCGUUACCUGUUCCCACAACAGAUGCUUCAGCUCUGACAAGCCAAAAUGGUUUUGGUUACAAGAUGCCAGAUGUCCCUGAUGCAUUUCCAGAACUCUCAGAACUAAGUGUGUCACAACUCACAGAUAUGAAUGAACAAGAGGAGAUAUUACUAGAACAGUUUCUAACUUUGCCUCAACUCAAAAAAAUUAUUACUGACAAGGAUGACUUAGUAAAAAGUAUUGAGGAACUAGCAAGGAAAAAUCUCCUUCUGGAGCCCAGUUUGGAAGCCAAAAGGCAAACUGUUUUAGAUAAGUAUGAAUUACUUACACAAAUGAAGUCUGCUUUUGAAAAGAAGAUGCAGAGGCAGCAUGAACUUAGUGAGAGCUGUAGUGCCAGUGCCCUGCAGGCAAGAUUGAAAGUAGCUGCACAUGAAGCUGAGGAAGAAUCUGAUAAUAUUGCUGAAGAUUUCUUGGAGGGAAAAACUGAAAUAGAUGAUUUUCUCAGUAGCUUCAUGGAAAAGAGAACAAUUUGCCACUGUAGAAGAGCCAAGGAAGAGAAACUUCAGCAGGCAAUAGCAAUGCACAGCCAAUUUCAUGCUCCACUAUAGAUUUUCCUGCAAACAUGAACUGCCAAGAGAGGAAUGGGACACAAAACUAAACAAAUUGUUUUAUAUUUAUGAUUUGCAAAUUGGCAUUUCAUCACAGUGGCUAAAAUCACAGACAUACUAUACAGAUUGUAUACAGAACUGAGACUGAUUUUUUUACAGAUUAGAAUGAUUGCUGCGAUCUUUGCUUUAAGGAAUUUUUCUGCACUAUUUGCACUAAAAAAUGUUUAUUUAUUGUCGAUAAAUACUAUCAUAUUUAAGUUCCACUGCUGUUCCUCUUAUUAUUAAAUGACUAUGCAUGUAAUUUUAGCUAGUUUUCAAUAUUUUAUAAAAGUUCAUUUAAAUUUGUAUUUUUAAUUUGAAGCUGUCUCAUUUCUUUAUCAAGAAUGGUAUGUUGUUUCCUCUCAAUCUUUUUUUAAAAACUAUUUCAACUGUGGAAAGACCCUUAUUUUUCUUCUUUCUGGAUGAUAAAACUUUCAAAAGCAAUUUGUUUUUAAAUAUUCACGGUGUCAGGAAACACCAAACCUGCCAAUAUGCCACCUCAAGAAAGUAACUUUUAAUACCUACAAGAAAUCAAAAGAAUAAACCA